AUGACCGACCGCAUCUUCUACAUUAACUCUAACUUGUCCUCUGUCCCCUGUGAAGGCUGUUAUUCAGGGGAUGCUCCGCUGGCCUCCCCUGCAAAGGCUGAGGAAGAGAAGCCAGCACCCAGGCAAGCUCCCAAGAGACAGCGAGUUCAAGAAGAGUCAGACCAAGACCUAGGGUGCCCCAGUGCAAAAAUUCCUCGCCUGAAAGUGAAGCAUGGAGGCAAAUGGGUGGCUCCCCAGAAGCAUGCUGCUUGA